UCUUCCUCCUCUUUAUGCCCUGCGUCUUCCUCUAUUCCCUCAUCUUGUAAAUUACGGAGAAAGUUUCAUCUUAAUGAAGUGCACAAGCCUGGCGAUGUGGUUCUAGGUGGGCUGUUUGAGGUCCACUACACCUCUGUCUUUCCUGAGCGAACAUUUUCCUCAGAGCCACAACAGCCCAUCUGCAAAGGCUUUGACACUCUAGGAUUCAGGCAUGCAAUGACCAUGGCCUUUGCUAUUGAUGAGAUCAACAAGAACUCCAAUCUCCUACCUAAUGUGACUCUCGGAUACAGUCUUUAUGAUAACUGUGGUGCACUUGUUGUUGGAUUCAGUGGUGCGUUAUCACUGGCAAGUGGACGAGAAGAGCAGUUUCUGCUUCAACAGAACUGUUUCGGGUCCCCUCCAGUCCUGGGGAUUGUGGGUGAUCACUAUUCAACAUUUUCUAUUGCUGCCUCCAAUGUGCUAGGUUUAUACAAAAUGCCCAUUGUGAGUUAUUUUGCUACAUGUUCCUGCUUGAGUGAUCGGCAACGGUUUCCAUCUUUCUUUAGAACAAUUCCAAGUGAUGCUUUCCAGGUGCGUGCUAUGAUUCAGAUUCUAAAACACUUUGGCUGGACUUGGGUAGGCCUGCUGGUCAGUGAUGAUGACUAUGGACUCCAUGUUGCUCGUUCCUUCCAGUCUGACCUGGCUCAGUCUGGUGGAGGUUGUCUGGCCUACUUGAAGGUUUUGCCCUGGGACAGUGAUCCAAGUGAACUCAGAAGGAUUGUGGAUGUGAUAAAGACAUCAACAGCUCGUGUGGUCAUGGUGUUUGCACACGAAAUCCACAUGUUUCAACUUAUGGAAGAGGUGGUGAGGCAGAAUGUAACAGGCAGACAGUGGAUAGCAAGUGAAGCCCUGACAACAGCCACUGUGCUCCAGACACCCAGCCUCAUGCCGUACCUGGCUGGGACGUUGGGCAUUGCCAUCCGUCGAGGAGAAAUACCAGGACUCAGGGAAUUCCUCUUACAAAUACGUCCUAACCAAAAUGACAAUGACUUCGGAAAUAGCAUGGUUAGACAAUUUUGGGAAUACACAUUUCAGUGUAGAUUUGAUCCAGCAGGUUGGGUGGAAGCAGAGGGACCACUAAGUAUGGACAGGAAGAUAUUGAAAAUGUGGAACUGAGUUUUGGAUCUUUCUAACCAGCCUGAGUACAAGUUACAAGCUUUGUAUGCUCUGGCAUAUGCGUUUGAUAACAUGCUGCAGUGCGAGCCAGGGCGAGGGCCUUUCAGUGGGCACAGCUGUGCCACUUCAGAAAGACUGGAGCCAUGGCAGCUUGUACAUUAUUUGCAAAAGGUCAACUUCACCACACAAUUUGGUGAUGAAGUGUCAUUUGAUGAGAAUGGUGAUGCUUUACCAAUAUAUGAUAUCAUGAACUGGCUAUGGCUCCCUGAUGGAAGAACUAAAGUUCAGAAUGUGGGUGAAGUUAAGAAGUCUGCCUUCAAAAGUGAAGAACUCACAAUUGAUGAAAACAAAAUCUUCUGGAAUUUUGAAUCGAACAAGUCACCCCAGUCAGUGUGCAGUGAGAGCUGUCCACCAGGAACCCGCAUGGCCACAAAGAAAGGGGAACCUGUGUGUUGUUUUGACUGCAUUCCUUGUUCUGAGGGAAAGAUCAGCAAUAAGACUAACUCCAUGGAAUGCACCAGUUGUCCAGAAGACUUUUGGUCGAGCCCUAAGCGUAACGAAUGUAUUCCUAAGAAAACAGAGUUUCUCUCCUACAAUGAGCCUCUGGGUAUCUGUUUGACAACCACCUCGUUGCUGGGCACAUUUAUCUGUGCUGUUGUUUUGGGCAUCUUCACCUAUCAUAGGCGUACACCCAUGGUACGUGCUAACAAUUCAGAACUGAGUUUCCUGCUUUUGGUGUCACUUAAACUGUGUUUCCUGUGUUCACUGCUGUUUAUUGGCACGUUCCCAGCUAAAUGGACAUGCCAGCUGAGACUGCGCAUUUGGAUCACUUUUGUUCUUUCUGAUGUCAUGGAAUUAUGUUCUUUUUCUAUUUUAUUUUCUGAGUCUUCCUAUCUUCCCCCAUCUUGUAAAUUACGGAGACAGUUUAAUCUUAAUGGGAUGCACAAACCUGGUGAUGUAAUUUUGGGUGGGCUGUUUGAAGUCCACUACACCUCUGUCUUUCCUGAGCUGACGUUCACCUCAGAGCCAAAUGAGCCCAGCUGCCAAGGCUUUGACCCUCCAGGAUUCAGGCAUGCCAUGACUAUGGCUUUUGCUAUUGAUGAGAUCAACAAGAAUUCCAAUCUGCUACCUAAUGUGACUCUGGGAUACAGUCUUUAUGAUAACUGUGCUACACUUGGUAUUGGGUUCAGUGCUGCAUUAUCACUGGCAAGUGGUCAAAAGGAGCAGUUUCUGCUUCAGGAGAACUGUUUAGGGACUCCUCCAGUUUUGGGCAUUGUGGGUGAUCCAUUCUCAACCUUUUCUAUUGCCGCCUCCAAUGUGCUUGGUUUAUUCAAACUGCCCAUUGUGAGUUAUUUUGCCACUUGUUCCUGCCUGAGUGAUCGCAAACAGUUCCCAUCCUUCUUCAGAACAAUCCCAAGUGAUGCUUUCCAGGUGCGUGCUAUGAUUCAGAUCAUCAAACACUUUGGCUGGACUUGGGCAGGUCUGCUGGUCAGUGAUGAUGACUAUGGACUCCACGCUGCCCGAUCCUUCCAAUCUGACCUGGUUCAUUCUGGUGGAGGUUGUCUGGCCUAUUCAGAGAUUUUGCCUUGGGGCAACAAUCCAAAAGAAUAUAAGAGGAUUGUGAAUGUGAUGACAAAAUCCACAGCUCGUGUGGUCAUUGUGUUUGCACAUCAGAUGCACAUGAUUCAACUCAUGGAAGAGGUGGUAAAGCAGAAUGUGACAGGCCUACAGUGGAUUGCCAGUGAAGCUUGGACGUUAGUUGACGGGCUUCAUACCCCUGCCUUCAUGCCGUACCUGGGUGGCACACUGGGCAUCGCUAUCCGUUGUGGAAAAAUACCAGGACUCAGGGAUUUCCUGUUAAGAAUUAAUCCUGAUCAGCACCACAACAAUGGCUAUGAAAAUAGCAUGGUAAAGCAGUUUUGGGAAUUCGCAUUUCAGUGUAAAUUUGCACCACCUCCAGCCGGUUGGGUGGAAGCUGGGGGAGCAAUAUGCAGUGGUCAGGAAGAAAUAGAAAAUGUUGAGAGUGAGUUUUUGGAUGUGUCAAACCUCAGGCCUGAGUACAAUGUUUACAAGGCUGUGUAUGCUCUGGCAUAUGCGCUUGAUAACAUGCUGCAGUGUGAGCCAGGGAGAGGGCCUUUCAGUGGGCACAGCUGUGCCACUUUGGAAAGACUGGAGCCAUGGCAGCUUAUGCAUUACUUGGAAAAGGUCAACUUUACGACACCAUUUGGUGAUGAAGUGUCAUUUGAUGAAAAUGGUGAUGCCUUACCAAUAUAUGAUAUCAUGAACUGGUUGUGGCUCCCUGAUGGAAGAACUAAAGUUCAGAAUGUGGGUGAGGUUAAGAGAUCGGCCUUCAAAGGUGAAGAACUCACACUUAAGGAAGACAAAAUCUUCUGGAACUUUGACUCCAAACAGCCACCCCGGUCAGUGUGCAGUGAGAGCUGUCUUCCAGGUACCCGCAUGGCCAGAAAAAAGGGACAGCCUGUGUGCUGUUUCGACUGUGUCCCUUGUUCUGAGGGAAAGUUCAGCAAUAAAACAGACUCAAUGGAGUGCACCAGUUGUCCAGAGGACUUCUGGUCCAAUGAACAGCGUGACAACUGUGUUCCUAAGAAAACAGAGUUCCUCUCCUACCAUGAGCCUCUGGGUAUCUGCUUGACAGCUGCCUCAUUACUGGGCACAUGUAUCUGUGCUGUAGUCCUGGGCAUCUUUAUCCAUCAUCGCAGCACACCCAUGGUACGUGCUAACAACUCAGAACUGAGUUUUCUGCUCUUGGUGUCACUUAAACUGUGUUUCCUGUGUUCACUGCUGUUUAUCGGCCGUCCCAGGCUAUGGACAUGCCAGCUGAGACAUGCAGCAUUUGGGAUCAGCUUUGUGCUUUCUGUCUCAUGUAUUCUUGUGAAAACCAUGGUGGUUCUGGCUGUCUUCAAGGCCUCCAAGCCAGGAGGUGGAACCAGUCUGAAGUGGUUUGGUGCUAUGCAGCAGAGAGGGACAGUUCUGGUUCUCACUUCUAUUCAGGCAGCAAUUUGCACUGCUUGGCUUGUUUCUUCCUCACCAGCUCCUCAUAAAAACACUCAAUACCACAAUGACAAGAUAGUUUAUGAGUGUGUAGUUGGGUCCACAGUUGGUUUUGCAGUGUUACUGGGAUACAUUGGCUUACUGGCUAUACUUAGCUUCCUGUUAGCAUUUCUAGCAAGGAAUCUUCCAGACAACUUCAAUGAGGCCAAACUCAUCACUUUCAGCAUGCUGAUUUUCUGUGCUGUGUGGGUGGCCUUUGUCCCUGCUUAUGUCAACUCACCCGGCAAAUAUGCAGAUGCGGUGGAGGUAUUUGCCAUCCUGGCCUCUAGUUUUGGUCUCUUGGUGGCACUGUUUGGACCCAAAUGUUACAUAAUCCUGCUUAGACCAGAGAGAAAUACAAAGAAAGCAAUCAUGGGUCGAGGAAACCCCAAGUCAUAA